AUGGCGGCGGCGGACCUGCAGGAGCUGCGGGCGCUGGUGGAGCGGGCGGGCGGCCGGCGGGCAGUACUGCUGGUGGCCGAGGUGGCGGAGGGGGCCCCGGCGGCGCCCGCGCUGGCCGCCUUCGCCCGCGACCUCCUGGGCGACGAGGCGCCGAGCACACCGUGCCCGGGGCCGGUGCCGGGGUGCCGGGCGCGGCGGACGGCGGGCGGCCGGCGCCGGGCGCUGGGAGCGCGGCUGUUGCUGGUGCUGUGCGGCGGCGGGGCGGCGCGGGGCCGCGGGGCGCGUACCCGCCUGCGGGAGGUGGUGCGGGACGUGCGCGGCCGCCUGCCCGCGGGGCCGCCGCCCGCCGUCGUGGGCGUCCUGCUGCCCGGCGGGGACGGAGAGGACGCGGCCGUGCUGGACGCGGCGCUGCGGCGGCACUUCCCGGCGCCCGGCACGGUGCAGGCGGCCCGGUACAGCCCGGGCAGCCCCGGAGAUUGCCGCGCCGCCGCCUGCCGCGCCUUGCGGGCCGCACUGCAGCACCCCACAGAAGACAUGAAAGAUAGGGAGAGGUGGAGGUUCCCAUCCUUCCUGCAGUGCAUUUCUUGGAACCAGAGGAACUGGAGAAAAGAUUACAAAGCAAAAGCUGAAAACAACAUCCAUGAAGAUGACCUCCAGGACCCUGAGGAAGAAGUGGCUCUGGCCAGCCUUUCCCCCAGCGGAAACUGUGAAGAAGCUGCUGGAGGCACAGGCACCUAG